UUCAUAUCUUGAUCACAUGAGUUACUCUAUUACCACCUUUAUCAUAUUUCGUUGCUCUUGAUAAAAAAAAUCAAUAAAUAUAGCAUUCGUCGAUUUCAUCAGUCAUAGUAGUCUUCUCCAGUGAUGUUGAAGGACAAAAUGAUACUUCUAGGCAUACUGUUACUUCUAAUUAGCACAUUUGCUACUAAUUCAUCUUAUAAAAUUAUUCAAGAUGACACCAACGAUUUUCUUUUACCUGAUAUUGUAACACCGUUUAAUUAUAAACUGAAUAUCGCAUUCUCUAAGGAUAAUUUAGAUAGUAAAAACGACACGUUCGGGGGUAAUGUAGAAAUAUCGUUUUACGUAAAGAAAGAGACGACAACGAUUAAAUUGCAUGCACCAUCGAAUAAAAUAAAAAUCGAAAUUGGAACUAUUGCUGUUAAAGAUCAGAAGUUUAACGAAACUACAUCUGUACUUACAUUAAAUUUAUCUGAAAAAUUAGCACCUUUAACUAAAUAUGUAUUAAAAGCUAAUUAUGCAGCUGACAUCAAUACCAAAUACAUGCGAGGCGCUUACAGAAGCAGUUAUAAAAAUAGAACAGGUAAUGAUGAAUAUUUAAUAGCGACUCAAUUUGAGCCUACUUCGGCUAGAGAAGUCUUUCCUUGUUUCGAUGAGCCGAAGUACAAGGCCACAUUUGACAUAUCUAUUACACAUCCGUAUGGUACUCAAACUUUGAGCAAUGCUGAAAUGGAUACAACACUGCCUAGUGCAAAAGACACCGUUGUUACCACCUUUAAAGAAACUAAAAAAAUGUCCACGUACCUUGUUGGUUUCAUUGUGACAAAAUUUACUUUCGAUACAGUAAAGGAAUCUGGAGUUACUUAUAAAGUUUGGUCAAGAGAUGAAUUGAAAGGUUAUAGAAAAUUUGCUUUGGAAUGGAGCAAAAAAAUAUUACUCGCUUUGGAAGCUUUCACUGGAAUUAACUACGCUACCAGCAAUACUAAAUUAGAUCAAAUCGCUCUUCCUGAUUCCCAACCUGCAGGAAUGGAAAAUUGGGGUUUGGUCACCUACAAGGAAAAAUCGUUAUUAUUUAACGGAAAAGAAUCAUCAAACUUUACUCAACAAAGCAUAUUGGAAACCAUGGCGCACGAAUUGAGCCACCAAUGGUUCGGAGAUUUAGUAACAUGCCACUGGUGGGACGAUGCAUUUUUAAAUGAAGGUUUCGCUACAUAUUUUCAACAUUACCUUCUGGGUGAUAUUAUAAACGAAUUGUCUCCUUGGGAAAUGGACAAUCAAUUCGUAGUUGACAAACUGCAACCGGUUUUAGUAGAUGAUGCAUUGAAAAACGAUGCUUUAACAAGAAAGGUAAUUCAACCAGAAGAUAUUCGAUCAAAAUUCGACUCUAUUUCGUAUAAUAAAGGGGCGAGUAUAAUAAGAAUGAUAGCGAAUGUUAUGGGCGAAAGCGCUUUUAAAGCUGGUUUGAGAAAAUAUUUGAAGACAAAGUCAUAUUCAAACGCUUCUCCUUCUGAUCUGUUCAAUUCUCUGGAAAAUGAAAAAGUUAACUUGCCCCAAAAAAUUGGAGUCCUAAUGGAAGGUUGGUUCAAUAAUCCAGGAUAUCCGAUAAUUACCGCAACACAACAAGACGAAGAUCUUGUUUUAAGCCAGAAACAAUUCAGUUACAAUAAUGACGACAAAGCGAAACAUGCUAAAUGGUACAUUCCUAUAAGUUAUACACUUCAAUCGGAUGAUGCUAAAUUUUCAUCACCAGCACCGAGAGUAUGGGUAGAUCCAAAAAAAGAUUUGGUGAUUAAAGGUGCUUUCAGCGGAAAGUCUGCAAAUGAUUGGGUGAUCAUCAACAGCCUCGUCAGCGGGUACUAUAGAGUAAACUACAAUGGAACGCUAUGGCAGAGGAUCGAAAAGCAGCUUCGCGAAAAUCACAAAGAAAUCAAUCGUCUCAACAGAGCCCAAAUCGUCGAUGAUAUAUUCAAUUUGGCGAGAUCCGAUAAUGGCUUGCAAUAUUCCCAAGUUUUCUCCUAUCUUGAUUACCUGAAAAACGAAACUUGUUAUUAUCCAUGGACAGCAGCUCUUGCUUCCCUAAAUUUCCUGAUAACCAGAGUUGCUAAUCAAAAACCUUUAGAGACAGCUCUCCAUCAAAAGAGUUUGGAAUUGAUGUCGGGUGUAUACAACAGUCUUUCGUUAAAUUCCAGUAAAUCCGAUACGCAAAUUACCCUGCUGAAGAGAAAACUGAUUUUUAGUAACGCUUGCAAAUUUGGCGCCGAAAAUUGUACCAAACAAGUUAAGAGUUUAUAUGAUGCUUUCAAAGCAACUAGCCAACCAAUUGACAGGAAUUUAAGGAACGUUGUAUACUGUUACGGUCUUAGGCAAUCCCAGGAUGAUAAAGACUGGGAAUUUAUGUGGAAAUUAUAUAAGGAAACUGAAUCACCCAGUGAACAAAUUGAAAUACUUGAAGCUCUAGGUUGCACCUUAAACGACAAACAAUUGAACAAUUAUUUAGAUUUGUCAUUGAAAAUAUCAGAAAUCCAUAAACAAGAUCUACCCACAGUCUGGAAAGCGGUAUACAGUAACUCUCAAGAAGGCGCCAAAGUUGCUUUGAAUUAUUUAAUUGCCAAUCACGCAGCUAUCAAGGAUUAUUACCCCAAUGCUGAAAAUCUGUUAGUAGGCAUGGCAUCUCACGUUAUUGACAAUGACGGAAUACAAAAAUUGAAAGAUUUCGUAGCUAAAGCAGAUGUAGACGAAUCGUACAAAAAAGCAGGAAGUUUAGCGAUUAAAACCGCAACAGAAAACGUAAAUUGGAUUCAAAAGAGACGUACAGAUCUAGAAUCCUAUCUACAAUUAACUAGUGGUAGUACAAUUACGACUACAUUCUCGUGUUUAAUGCUAAUAACUGUAACUCUUUUUAAUUAUAUGACAGUAUAAAACU